GCGGCGGCGCGACCGUCGGCGACCAGCCAGUAUUGAGCCACUAGUACCCUCUGGCGUCCCCCUCCCCCAAUCCAGCCUAGCCCUCUCGCUCCUUCAAAUAUGUCCCUGUCGUAGCCUCCGGGCCUCCUCUUGUCUUCCCUCUCUCCAGUCCAUCCUUCGGUGAUGGCGAUAUCCUCUGCCACUCGCAUCCUGGCCGCCCGGCCUCUCGUCCUUGGCUUAGCAAAACUUCUCGUCCUCACCUUCGCCAACCUCCCCGUCAUCGCCGCCGCCCCGACCUUCCUCUCCCAGCAUACCCCCAACCCCCCCGAAUCCCCCGGCGACCCCAGUCUAUGGCUCUAUCUCGGUGUCGCCGCCGCUCUCGUCCUGAGCGGCGGUGCCUUUGCGGGCUUGACCAUUGCCUUGAUGGGACAGGAUGAGGUCUACCUCCAGGUCAUCCAGACCUCCGGUGAAGGCGCCGAGCGCAAGAACGCCGCGAGUGUGUUGAAAUUGCUGCAGCGGGGGAAACACUGGGUCCUCGUCACCUUGCUUCUGAGCAACGUGAUCACCAACGAAACCCUCCCGAUUGUGCUGGACCGCUCCCUUGGCGGUGGCUGGCCCGCCGUGCUGGGCAGCACUGUCUUGAUUGUCAUCUUCGGUGAAAUCGUCCCCCAGUCGAUAUGCGUCCGCUACGGCCUGCCCAUCGGCGCCUGGAUGGCCCCGUGUGUCAUGGCCCUGAUGUACAUCAUGUCCCCUGUCGCGUACCCCGUCGCCAAACUGCUCGAUUACCUGCUGGGCGAGGACCACGGCACCAUCUACAAGAAGGCCGGUCUGAAGACCCUCGUCACCCUGCACAAAACCUUGGGCGAAGCCGGCGAGCAGCUGAACUCCGAUGAGGUCACCAUCAUCAGCGCCGUCUUGGACCUGAAGGACAAGGCGGUCGGUAGCAUCAUGACCCCCAUGGAGGACGUCUUCACCAUGUCCGCCGACACCAUCCUGGACGAGGACACCAUGGAUCUCAUCCUCUCGCAGGGUUACUCCCGUGUCCCCAUCCAUGCGCCGGACAACGCCACGAAUUUCGUCGGCAUGCUGUUGGUGAAGAUGCUGAUUACCUAUGAUCCGGAGGAUUGCAAGCGGGUGCGGGACUUUGCCCUGGCCACUCUGCCCGAGACUCGCCCCGAGACCAGCUGUCUGGACAUCGUCAACUUCUUCCAGGAGGGCAAGUCCCACAUGGUGUUGGUCUCGGAGUUCCCGAGUGAGGACCGCGGCGCCCUGGGCGUGGUCACGCUAGAAGAUGUGAUUGAAGAGCUCAUUGGCGAGGAGAUCAUUGACGAAUCCGAUGUGUUCGUGGAUGUGCACAAAGCCAUCCGCCGCAUGGCGCCCGCGCCCAAGUCUCGUGUCCCCAAGGGCCGUAUCGUGGAGGAGCCCCCGAUGCUCCCGCCGGAGACGGCGCUGAUCGAGGUGGAUAACGAUCCUCCCGCUGCCCCGAACGGCGCCCCGAAGGACAACCGUCGGCUUUCCAUCGAAGCGCCUCUGCCCCGGUUCCAGCUCCGUCGGCCUCAGGCGGACAAGGGCUCAGAUCCGGCCGACGGCCUAUUCACACAACGAGGAACGACCGACGAGAUCCGCGAACACCUGAAGCACCUGGGCCCGUCAAACUUGGCCAGCCGCCCGCGUCAGACCCGGUACCAGAACGUGAAGAUCAAGCGGAGCGCGUCGCCGUCGCGAUCGGGCCAGACCGAUCUGGACUCGACGCUUAGCAUGUCGGACUCGCAGACUCGACUUGCGGCGGCUGGUUUGCAGGGCGGGAUCGGCGCGGGCCUGGUGCAGAGUGGCAUGGACGCGCGAGACGGCGUGUACGCCGUGCGGAGCGGCUACGGUACCAUCGGGCACAAGCUCCCCGCCGACGCCAGCACGCAGACCAAAGACGGCGCCAUCGCGAUCCCCGAAGCGGUGCACGAAGAAGCGCUAGACGACUACCCCCGAUCCGGCAGCCGCGCCGGCAGCGCCCGCUCCAGCGACUCGCAGUCGGAUUUCCUCAAACCCGCCAGCUACCUCCACCGUGGCCCCGCCCGCAGCGGCAGCAUCACGGAGCAGAUCGUCGACGUCAACGGCAUCCGCAAGGUCGUCCUCCACACCACCAGCACCAGCUCCUCCGAGUCCGAACGCCCGGGAACCCGCGAGCGAGCCGAGUUCCCCGUCCGGCAGGAGGGCGAAGUCGUCGAUCUGGGACAGAACCACGCCUCCGGAUCGAAACGUCGUCGGCGUCGCAAGAAGCGCGGCCACGGCUCCAAGGGCGAUAUCAUGGCCGAGAACGCCCCCCUGCUGUCCCAAUGACCUGACCCAAUCGAUCAAUUUCUGCUGGCCAGAGCGACACGACAUGUGCCUGUGUGUGUAUGUGAGAGAUAGCUGUCACCGUCGCUGAUUGAUGCACAUGUAUGAUCCGCAGAACAGCAGCGGCUUGUUUAAUUCUUCUUCUUCUUCUUUUUAUUUUUUUGCCGUUUUUCCUAUAUGCAUAGCCCGACAUCCCUAUCUACCUAUCUACCUUCUUACCUCCCUCCCUGGACCGUCUCCAAUAGCGCUCCUUGAUGCAAAAGCAAAGCAAAGCAAAACAAAACUGUUCCGUACUGUUCGGUUGUUUUGUUAUUUGUCUGUUUAAACGUUGAUGUACGGUGGAUAGACUGGUGUAUGUAUGUGUACGUGUACGGUAGAUGAAAUCCGACCGACCGACCGACCGAUUGUUUUAAAAAUUCGACCGUAUCUAUCCGAGGUG